AUGAGCCGCCCACGUCAAGAAGUGCGAGCGAUCCAGGUAAUUUGCUGUCUGAUGUAGAGGGGGUCAGGGGCUGUGAUCUCUGUGUGUGCACAUGUGUUUGGUGCAGGUGAGGGUGUCUAAUUCCCUGGCCUCCGGAGAGCAGGUGGAUAACGACGAUAACGACUCUCGCAGCCACAUCGCAUGCCAAUUGAAGGGGGCAAGGAGGGCGAUGAGGAUGAGGACGAGUUGGUGGAGUAUGCAGCUGUCAGCGACAACCUCUGGCGGUACCACCAGGUCAGCGACGAGGUCCGGGAGGCCGCAUUUGGCCCACUUCGUGCCACAGCCAUCGGCCAACCUGCAGCCGACCGCCGCCGAGAGGGCCGCCGUCGAGGAGCCGCUGAGAGGCCAUGAGCUGCUGAUGUGGACGCGACUGAUCGAGGACGAGAGCCAGCUGCUCCACCGUCUCGGCAGCCAGCUGAGAGGUCCCGCUCUGCUGGCCAGGGGGUUCGUGAGUCCCGACGACCCCGUCACACUCACUGUCCUGCCACCCAAGGACAAGACCUCCAGCUGCCGUGACGAGGAGGAGGCCGCAGGAGCGACGACGACGCUCAAGCUAUCGGGCCGUACUUCGCUGUGGAGACCCUCAGUAAGCUCAAGAUACAGAGAUGGGGAGGGAGGGAGGGAGGGAGGGAGGGAGGACGAGGAAGGACGGAAGGAAGGAAUGUGCCCGAAUGAACAUCACGUGUGUGUGUUCCUGUUGUUGGUGUGUGCGUCUCUUCUGUCAGAGUUGGACGGCGAGGGCGCCCCCAGCCUGGGCGAGGUCACCGCGGCGCGACCGGCGCUCAAUGCAGCCCGCUACACCGACACACCACUCGAGCCCCCCAACCUCUACGUACGGUCCGGGCGGCGGCAAGAAGCUCAAGCCGUCCCUGAUGCCCGCAUUCGCCGCCACCACCCGUCGCGCCAUCCACCCGGCGAGAAUGGGCCUCGGCGAGAGAGUCAGAUUCCGGAAAUGUGUGAAUAAGGCGAAGAGGAAUACACUGAGAAGCAACGUACGUAGCAGACAAGGUGGAUGUUCAUCUGUGUGUUGAAUGUGUGUUUGCUUACCAGGCUGAGCAGGGGCGGCGCUUACUUCUCUUCUAUCUGUUUGCGGGAGCCCUUCUUCGGGCGUGGCUGGGCGGCAACCUGCUGGUCACUUCCGGCGGUACCAUGGUGAUCCUCGGUAUCAAAGUGGGCAACAAGGAGGCGAAGGACAACUCGCUGUGUUGACUGUCUGUCUGUCUGUCUGUGUCUCUCAGGGGGUACGUUUCCUCUCCCCAUGGUGCGCAAGAUGAAUGAGCUGGGCCUCCAGCUGGCCGAGGAGCAGCGGCAGCAUCUUCUGCAGCAGUGGCGCAUUUAUCUGACGGCCCCCCCGCAGCUGUCGUUCCACACGCCCGCCUACAUAUCGGUGCCUCACCUCCAUCUGCAUGUGCUGGUGCCCCCAUUCGCCCACGGCAAGGAGCGCAAGCACGACCUGCGUGAAUGGGCGCGUGUGGAGAGUAUCGACAGGGUGAAAGCCCGUCUGGAGCGAGAGCAACAGUCUGUGAGUAGUAUUGGGUGA